CCCUAAACUCAAUUAGUUUAUUGUCACUAUUCACAUCGGCUACUCUCGGCAGAGCGGCUGUGCUACAAUUAAAUUAACUAGAGGUCCCGCAGUAGUCGAAAUUCGACUAUAAUUACAAUUAAUUAAAAAACAAAUCAUACUUUUACAUUUUAUGAUUGUAUUUUAUACUUCUAUAAUCACAAAUUUCGCCAUUUCGCAAAGUUAUAAAAAAUAUUAAAAAAGACAAACAAUAUUUAACCUAUUCUCAAUUUGACCACAGACGUCAAGAACAAAAGUUUGACAAUAAAUAGUAUGCAUGCGUGUGUACGUCAAAUACAUGAUAAACAAUUAUGGUGAUCAGAAAGAAAAAAAAUAAUUCAUACAAAAAUCUUGGCUCAUUUCAACAUAUCGACAUCCAUGACGCAUCUCGUGAGAUAAACUGCGAAAAGAACCUAAAAUUAAAUAACGAUUCCUUUAUCCUCAUGCGUCGGGGACUUCACCUGCUACACGCGGGAGUCAUAUAAAUACAACCACCCACAACAGUUCGCUACAUUCUGUCUCAAGCAGCGAAACCUGUCACAAGUCAAAAUGAAUUCCAAACUAUUAUAUUUCUUCGCCACGGUCCUGGUGUGUGUCAACGCAGAAGUUUAUUCGGAGUACGAAGAAGGAUAUCCAGUUAGCGGUCAGUUUUCAAAGCGACACCCGCGUGACGUCACCUGGGACAAACAAGUGGGGGGAGGGAAGGUCUUCGGCACGCUGGGCCAAAAUGAUGAUGGGCUUUUUGGUAAAGCCGGUUACAACAGAGAGAUCUUCAAUGAUGACCGCGGCAAAUUGACCGGGCAGGCCUACGGCACCAGGGUCCUGGGACCCGCAGGGGACAGUACAAACUACGGUGGACGUCUAGACUGGGCCAAUAAGAAUGCGGAAGCUGCUAUUGAUAUAAAUAGACAGAUCGGAGGCAGAUCUGGAAUGACAGCAACAGGUUCAGGAGUGUGGGAUCUUGACAAGAACACCCGCCUCUCAGCCGGCGGUAUGGUCUCGAAGGAAUUCGGUCACAGAAGACCAGACGUCGGCGUCCAGGCAGAGUUCCGUCAUGAUUGGUGAUCAAGAAGAUCCCAUCAAGACAUCAUAGAUCUAAACAAUAAUCUUUUGCCAAAGAAAUCGAUACUUUCACUUUGCAUUUGUUUAAAUUACUAAGAACUGAAUCAAAUUUUAGAAUUAUUAUAAUUAAAGUUAUAUAUUUUAGUGAUAAAUUAUUUGGAUAAUGUAAGUAAAUAGAUAUAGUUACAGUAUUCUACUUUACUUGUACUUUUAAUAAAACAAAUUGAAUUCAAUGGA